AACAGAGUAACAUCGUAUCAUGCCGCAGGCCAAUCUGAAGUUGAGUCCCCACGACCAGCAGGUGCUGGAUUCCAUCUUUAAUCCCCUGGAACUGAGCGGCCUACCAGACUUAGACUCGGUUCCCACUGAAUCUGAUCUUGCUGACGUGGAACCCGACUCCCCAGUUAUCAGAGCAUCGAGGGAACUGGAGCUCAAAGCCAUCGCCCUGUCCGAAGAAGGAAAACUGGAUGAAGCCCUUGAGCUAUUCCAAGAAUCCCUUAAUCUGGCCCAAAGGGCUUCAGUGCUAAAUAAUCGCGCUCAAACCCUGCGGCUGGCAAAACGCGACGAGGAGGCCCUCAAUGACCUGAACAGAGCGGUGGAACUGGCCCAUGAGCAGCAGGUCCGCACCAAGUGCCACGCCCACUGUCAGCGAGGGGUCUUAUAUCGUAAGCUGGAUAACUUGGAGGCGGCACGUGCAGAUUUCGAGGCAGCAGCCCAGUUGGGCAGUAAAUUUGCCAGGGAACAGCUUGUGGAAAUCAAUCCCUUUGCUGCUCUCUGCAAUCAAAUGCUUCGCCAGGCCUUUGAUCAGCUCAAAUAGGUUGUGAUAAUAAAUAAAUGAUUUUUUAAAGCAUAUGAACACUUUGGAAAAACUUUAAAAUCAGUCAGUUUUGUAAAUAAAUUAUAUAAUACAAAAGGUUAAAUAAAUAUAUAUUACACAAUACAA